GGCGGGGCGGCGGUCACCUGCGUGAAGUUCUCCCCCCAAUCCCUGCAUUUGGCCUGCGGCAGGGCCAAUGGGGAGGUGUGGAUCCUGGAGCCGGUGGUUCUCACCCCCAAGGCCCCCACGCCGUUCGCCUGCAGCGACUGCGCGGUGCAGCAUCUGCAGUUCAGCGGGGAUGCGUUGCAGUUCGCCUGCUCGGACGCCAACAGAACGGUGCACCUCUUCAACUACCACCCGCAGGAGGACUGCUGGAGGUUCAGGGGCAAGGUGCGCUCCCACUACGAGCCCAUCCACGAUCUGGGGUUCUUCCCUACGGCCUGCGGCCGCUCCUCCCUGCUCUCCAUUGGGGCCGACCGGCAUCUGGUGGAGUACAACAACAUGGAGGCGAGAGGAGGCUCGGAAAUUGCUUUCGCAAUUUCCUCGCGCGAGCGCAUCGAGCAGAGCGCCGUCCCCACCAACUUCGCCUACUACGAGCGGGGGGGCGGCGCCCACCCCGUGGGCUACCUGCUAUUGGCCAACGACCAGCACAAGAUCAAGACCCUCCACGCUGGGACGAAGCUGCCGCGCAGCCUGGUGCUCGGGCCGGCCCUCGGCUGCUUCCACCACGCAAAUCUGCGCAAAAUGAGGGUGCUGCCCCAGCACCAUGCGCGCUACCUGGUGUUCAUCACUGAGAAGUACUUGGGGAUGCAGCUGUUGCCUGCCGAUGGCAACCCCUUCAAGUACUGCGGGUACCUGGCGCACCCCCACCAGGUGGGCGACUUUGCGCUGUCCCACGACGGGGGCUUCGCCUUCACCUACGGGGCGGAGGACCGCAGCCUGCUGCAGUGGGAGGUGCGGCCUCGCGCCGUUGAGCUGCUCUCCCUGAUCGGGGGAACCGAGCUGGAGCCGUUCUACUGCCUGCUGGAGGGCGGCAAGAGCGGCUGGCUCUUCCAGGAGGUCCAGGACCUGUUCUUCUACAUGCAGAUCCUGCAGCAGGAGAACAUCGACCUGCCCAGACGCGUCUCGGACACCAUCCAGCUGAGCGAGAUCCCCGAGUUGGUGCGCACCUGCGGAUUCUACCCCAGCCACUUUGAGCUGGAGACCAUGAUGAUGGACAUUCGCUAUCGCGACUUUGACGAGACGGGGCUGGUGCGGGACGAGGUCUCCUUCGUGGAGUUUGUGCGGCUGUUUGUGAACCAUCGGCCCGCCUACGGCUACUCGAUGGAGCGGCUGCGCGAGGCCUUCGGCACCAUGUGCCAGAUGGGCGAGUAUCCCAAGAGGAGCCGCAUUGAGAAGGAGGACUUUGUCUAUCUGCUGCAGUCGAUAGCGUCGCUUUGCAGGGGAACCUUCGCCCAAUCUGCACCGCAGCUUGACCACGCUGCUGCGCGUGUCCACCUAUGGGGAGAACAACUUUGACUUCCUCCCGCCGGAGAUCGACUCGAGCUUCCUGGUGGACGAGCUGCUGGGCAUCGACGCCGCCCCACGGGAGAAGCCGGCGAAGCAGGAGAGCAGCGAGAGCCUGCUGGGGAAGCCGCAUUGAAGCCCCGUUUGUUACCAGUCGAGUACAUAAAGAGCAUUUUGUGAUCGA